AUAACAUUUAGAGUUUAAUUUGAAUUGAACCCAGACACUCCCCUACAGCACUGCUAGCGGUCGCGUUUACACGUCAUCUGUACGCGUCCAAAAUGUUUACGCACACAGAUGUGCGACAGCACGGCUGAAUUUCAAAAAGCCCCGAUAUUCCCUAUAUAAGUACACUUUGUAGGGUAUAAGAUUAUAACAAUUCUGCAUCCUCAAUAGGGAUUAAUAGUGUGAUUUGUAAUUCAGCCUGUGAGGGAACGUUUGAGCGCGUUAGCCUGCAAUCACUGAUCCUGGGCUUAUUGGCCUGUUUGCUUUAAUUGAUUUGUUUUUAUUCGUGCCUCAUUUCGUGUCAAAUUUCUAUGCACUCUUUAACAUCUUUCUUUUUUUUUUAAAUGGAUUUCAAAUCCCAUUUUUGUUGGAGGAGCUGGUAAAACGCAAGUGAAAGCAAGUCAAGCAAGCAAGACUUUUUUUUUUUUUUUUUGAAAAAUAAUGUAAUUAGGCUGAUUUGUUGGUGAAGCAGGAUUUGGAUUUGCUGACACGUUGUGGAAUUUACGUCAUCAUGGAUUCUACAUCAGAUCAAACUCCGAAGGGUUCGAAACGCUCUCCAAAGAAAACGCCACAGAGCUCCGGCAAGCGGGAAAGCAGCAAACGCAGCCAGAAACCAAGUCUCCAGGAGGCUAGAAAUAAAGGUAGAAGGGACCGAGGCAAAGCAGAAGAGGAGAUGACCAACAAACUCAAAAACAUGGGUUUGCAUGACAAGCUGAAGGCAACUGGAACUGGCCUAGUUUACUCCGAUGUCUUUUCCCGUUAUCGCUGCCUGUGGGACUCCAGUCACCCCGAGUGUCCAGAGAGAGUGACCGCUAUAGUGGGGAUGAUGGAGACGGAGGGGCUGCUGUCUCGCUGUGUGCAGGUGGAGACGAGAGCUGCAUCAGAGGAGGAACUUUCUCUUGUUCACACGAAGGAAUACAUUGAUCUCAUGAAGUCCACUCAGACGAUGACGGAAGAGGAGCUGAAGUGUGUCUCUGAUCGCUAUGACUCCGUCUACCUCCAUCCUGACUCUUUCUCAUGUGCCUGUCUAGCUGCCGGCUCUGUCCUCCAGCUGGUCGACAAGGUGAUGACAUCGGAGCUACGCAAUGGCUUUGCCGUGUGCAGGCCUCCAGGACAUCACGCCCAGGCUGGGCAGAUGAACGGAUACUCCAUGUUUAAUAACGUAGCAGUGGCAGCGUGUUACGCUCAGAAACGGCACGGCGUCCAGCGGGUUCUGAUUGUAGACUGGGAUGUACAUCAUGGUCAGGGAAUCCAGUACGCCUUCCAGGAGGAUCCCAGUGUCCUGUAUUUCUCCGUGCAUCGGUAUGAGGAGGGCUCGUUCUGGCCUCACCUGCCCGAGGGAGACAGCAGUGUUGUGGGUUCAGGACAAGGCGAGGGCUACAACAUCAACGUGCCCUGGAACAAGACAGCGAUGGAGGACGGAGAUUACGUCUCAGCAUUCCAGAGAAUUCUGCUGCCUGUAGCCUAUGAGUUUCAGCCUCAGCUUGUGUUAGUAGCCGCUGGCUUUGACUCUGUGGCUGGUGAUCCCAAGGGUGAGAUGUGUGCGAGUCCCCAGUGUUUCUCUGUACUGACCCACAUGCUGAUGGGUCUAGCCGAGGGCCGAAUUGUGCUCGCUUUGGAGGGAGGCUAUAACCUGCAGGCCACAGCAGAGGCAGCUUGUGCUAGUUUGAGGUCACUCUUGGGUGACCCCUGCCCUCAUCUGAGCACUCCAGGAGCUCCGAGUGAGAGUGCUCUGAAGUCCAUCUCAAAGACAGUUUCUGCUCUGUAUCCAUUUUGGACCAGCCUGCAGACUCUGGAGGGCGGCCCUCUUUCUGAGGCAGAGCCCUUGCCCUCAGCCGUGUGUGUCGAGAAACUGGAAUCCUGUGUCCAAGUUACUGGACUCGUUUAUGACGAGCGUAUGAUGGAGCAUCACAACAUGUGGGACAGCCAUCACCCUGAGCUCCCUCAGAGAAUCUUCCGGAUCUUCUCCCACCAUGAGGAUUUGGGGCUGGUGGAGCGUUGCCGGCGGAUACCGGCUCGUUUAGCCACAGAGGAGGAGCUCGCGCUUUGUCACGGAUCACAGCACAUCGCUACGAUAAAGAGCACCGAGCAGAUGAAGCCCAGAGACCUGAACAGGCUCGGAGACGAAUAUAAUUCCAUCUACAUCAGUAAAGAGAGCUAUAAGUGUGCACUACUGGCAGCUGGGGCAUGUUUCAAUGUAGCUCAGUCCAUCCUCACUGGUCAGGUGAGGAACGGGGUGGCUAUUGUACGUCCCCCUGGGCAUCACGCAGAGAGAGACACCGCCUGCGGCUUCUGCUUCUUCAACACGGCUGCCUUGACCGCCCGCUAUGCUCAGACCAUUACCCACAAUGCCCUGCGUGUCCUCAUCCUUGACUGGGACGUGCACCAUGGCAACGGCACCCAACACAUCUUUGAAGAUGAUGACAGUGUGCUCUACAUCUCUCUCCAUCGCUAUGAUGAAGGCUCAUUCUUCCCCUGCUCAGAGGACGCCGACUACGAUAAAGUGGGCCGAGGGAAAGGUGCGGGUUACAACGUCAACAUACCCUGGAACAGAACCAAGAUGGGCGACCCAGAAUAUCUAGCGGCCUUCCACCAUGUGGUGAUGCCGAUAGCACGAGAGUUUGCUCCGGAGCUGGUGCUGGUGUCGGCCGGGUUUGAUGCCGCUCGGGGUGAUCCAUUAGGGGGGUACCAGGUGACCCCGGAGUGCUACGCCCACCUCACACACCAGCUGCUGAGUCUAGCAGCAGGACGAGUGCUUGUCAUUUUAGAGGGAGGUUAUAACCUCAACUCCAUCUCCACAUCCAUGGCCAUGUGCACCAGCAUGCUCCUGGGUGACGCGCCCCCGCUGCUGCCUCCUCUGCCCCCCCCGCACCCCAGCGCCGCCAUUAGCAUCAACAACGUCCUGCGAGCACACGCCCCCUACUGGAGAUCUCUCAGAAUACAGAUUCCAGAGUCUCUACGUUUGUCCUUGCCUUCUCCUAAACCCAAAAUCAAGCACACGCCUGCAGGAAAAGGCAAAAAUUCUCCUGCUCAGGUCACCCCUCAACAGCAGCACCAACGUACCCCAGUGACGACUUCACCAGCAUCGCCCCCUACUGAUCAGGAGGACUCGGGGCUGGACGAGCUCACUCAAGGCCUGCGCUCUCUGGACCUGAGCACAUCUACCAUAUCUGCCAGUUCCAGCCCCGCCUCUGUCCCUGUGGGCGGGGCUAGACCUAAAGUGAAGCCCAGCCCACAGAGGGACUCCUCAGCAGUGCAGGAGGUGUUGUCUGUUGGAGUGAUAGAAAGAGGUAUAGAGGAUGGUGAUGUAAAAGCUGAGUCCACGCCCAUCAAACAGGAGAAACAGUCAGUACCACAGACGGCAGAAGAAUCGGACGCUGGGGCCGUGUGUGAUCAGGAGAGUCCUGCGCUGGAGGGAGCGUGUGGUUACACGAAGAAAUCCAUCUUCGAGCUUGUGUGUGGAGCCGUGGACCUGGCUGGGGACACGAUGUACGUGGUGGACCCUUUGGCGUGGUGCCCACACUUGGAGUCAGUGCGUCCAGUGCCUGCAGGGGGCAUCGACGUGUUCCGGCCGUGUGAGGAGUGCGGCGCCGAAACGGAGAACUGGAUCUGCCUCUGCUGCUAUAAGGUUUUGUGUGGGCGUUUUGUGAACGAGCACAUGGUGGCCCAUGGUCAGAUAUCCUCUCACCCUCUGGUCCUGAGCUUUGCUGAUCUAUCAGUGUGGUGCUACUCCUGCGAGUCCUACGUCCACAACAAGGUGCUGUAUGAAGCCAAGAAUGCUGCUCAUCUUGCUAAGUUCGGGGAGGAGAUUCCCCCUAUCAACUAAUCCAGCACUGAAGAUGAGAAGAUUCCUGUGCAGGCAAAAAGGAGGGGUGUUUUUGUGUGUGUGUGUGUGUGUGUGUGUGUGUGUGUGUGUGUGUGUGUGUGUGUGUGUGUGUGUGUGUGUGUGUGUGUGUGUGUGUGUGUUUGUGUGUGUGUGUGUGUGUGUGUGUGUGUGUGUGUGUGUGUUUUCUUGCAUGUAUGCGGAAGUAACCAACUGGCAUUACAUGACACGGCUGAAUGUGUGUGAGAAACUGUUUUCACACUGAACACUCGUCUUCAUUUCCAAACUCAUACACGUCCUCCUCUCUGCAGGAGAGCCAAACUCAUUAUCCUGCGGUAAUUACAUUGUAAGUGUGAGUGAGAUCACACAUUUCUCCUGCACUACUUUAGUGCCAAAACUCUGAUCAUUUGAGUGUUGGUUCAUCGUUUCACAGAAUCUCUCCACUCUUUAUUUAUUCCUCGUAAAAACAGCACAGUACCAGUUUUCUAAUCCUUCUAAUACUCAUAGUUAAAAAUGAAGCAGCUUCUGAACAACAGUUUAAUAAUGAAUAAAAGAAGAAGGUUGCAGUGACAUCGGCACUAACACCAGCCAGGCGUGUGAAUUUCAGCGCCAAACCCUUGAGCAUGCUGUUAAUCGCACUGUUAAUCACGUUCCUGUUUGAUAACGAAGGACUAUUUACAGGCACAUAACCAAAAUAUAUUCCUUCAACUCACAAGCAAUAAAUAAUGCCGAGUUGUCUCAGACAAAAAGUAGUUCUGACAGUUCAACUUUGUAAAUUUCACUGUUCUUUUAUUCUGUUUUCUUAACAUCUUUCUUGUGUUCCUCUUUGAACAAACUGUGUAUCUGUGUUAUAGCAAAAAAAUAAAUCAUUGUAAGUUAUGCUUUUGUAAACUUUGUUACACCAAUACACUUUGAAUGUGAAGAAUUG